AGAAGGGACAGUGUCAGGAUGACCGAGCCCUACGACUGCACAGAGUGUCAGGAGUCUCUGUUCGGGCAAAAGUACAUCCUGAAGGAUGAAAGUCCAUACUGCUUGAAAUGCUAUGAGGAACUUUUCUGCAGCACCUGUGAAGUUUGCGAAAAGCUCAUUGGAUGCACCUGCAAGGAUCUGUCCUUCAAAGGUCGCCACUGGCACAGUGAGUGCUUCCUGUGCAGCACGUGCAGCAGAUCUCUGGUCGACCUCCCUUUUGCUACCAACGAUGAUAAGCUGAUGUGCAUCGAGUGCUUCACCAAUGAGUUCUCCUCCAAGUGCCAUGUUUGCCUGAAAACCAUCAUGCCUGGUUCUAAGAAGAUGGAGCACAAAGGUAACAGCUGGCAUGAGAAUUGUUUCAUCUGCAACCGAUGCCAGCAACCCAUCGGUACCAGGAGCUUUGUCCAGAAGGAGGCGAAGAACUAUUGCAUGCCCUGCUAUGAGAAGCACUUUGCUCUGCAGUGCAUCUACUGCAAGAAGCCGAUCACCACCGGAGGUGUGACCUAUCGUGACCAGCCUUGGCACAAGGAGUGCUUUGUUUGCAUCGGGUGCAAGCAGCAACUGGCCGGACAACGCUUCACCUCUCAGGACGACUUCGCCUACUGUCUCAACUGCUUCUGCAAUCUGUUUGCUAAGAAAUGUGCUUACUGCACCACCCCAAUCAGUGGUCUGGGGGGCAGCAAGUACAUCUCCUUCGAGCAGCGCCAGUGGCACAAUGACUGCUUCAACUGCAAGAAGUGCAGCGUGACUCUGGUGGGCCGAGGGUUUCUCACAUGCAAAGAUGAUAUCUUCUGCCCCGACUGUGGCAAAGACCUCUGAGCGCCUGCCACCGCACGCUACCGCUGGCUGGUCUCCAUCCAAACGAGGGGCCGGAAUGUUCGCUGAGAUAAUUAAAUUAUCCCGAUUCCUUGAAGCCACUAUUUACGCGUUAUCUUGAAGCAUUCAUGUGAAAGUUGUUUGUUGUAUUACUUCUGGACCGUAAACACCACAUGAGCUUCUGAGAAAUGUUUGAAUGUGGGAGAAAAGGUCUUAUGACCACCUUUAAUUCUGUUCUUUAUAUUUUGUUGACUUUGGGUCAACAGCACUAAACAUAGGCUUUAAUCUUAUUUUGUAAUCAGCCACAUUAUUUAGCAUGAAAAAUAACUCAUCAUAAAAAUAUUAUACAACACGUGUGAGACAUUUUAACAUAAGUAUUUAGAACUAACAUCUUACU